AUGGCAGACAACAACAAUAACAAGAAACCGGAGGAGAAGAAGGAGACUAUGAGCGAGCAGACCCGCGAGGAUCUGCGCCGCAUGACCCUCGGCCUCACAGACCAAACCACCAUCGAGACGCUCUCCCGUGCCGGUAUGAUGGCCAAGAAUAAGAGAGAGCAAUCACACUUCCAUCACGAUAAGACCGUCGCCCGCGUCGAGGCAGCUGAGAAGAAGGAGGGAGAGGCUGAGGAGGACGAGGACAAGCAUAAGGAUACAGGCGGUGGUGGCAAGAAGCAGAACAAGAAGCAGACUUGA